AUGAACCUCAAAAUGCCAUCCAUUCAGUACGAUCAGCCACUUGAAUCCGUCCAAGAGCAUGCUAGAUCAACAAUCAAAUCACUCUUCGCCUUUCUCCACGCCCAAGGCCAAGGAGACUACCUCGGUGAGCGAGUAACACAACUCGAGCAUUCACUGCAAUGCGCCCAUCUGGCGACCGAGUCCGCAGAAUACGGACACGAUAUUGAAGUAAUCCUGGCUGCACUUCUGCACGAUGUCGGACGCUUCAUUCCGGCCGCAGAGAAAAUGGGCAAGAUGGUUACUCCCGACGGGCAAUACAUUGGCCGACAGAGCCAUGAGAUCCUGGGCGAGUCUUAUCUGCGUUCAAUCGGAUUCAGCGAGAGAGUAUGCCAGCUGGUUGGUUCGCAUGUCAUGGCAAAGAGAUAUUUGGUUGCUACCGAUCAGACCUACCAUGAUGGACUUAGUGAGACUAGUAAGCGCACUUUGCGCUUCCAGGGCGGAGGGUUCACUGAAGACCAGAUUACAGAGGCACGAAAGGAUCCGUGGCUUGAAGCCAAGUUGGCCGUGAGACGAUGGGAUGACUUGGCCAAAAAGCCAGAUUUGAUUGUACCCCCGCUGGAAGUGUACGAAGAGAUGGCUUACGAAUGCCUUUUGGAAUCCCGGUCUAAAUUUCGAUUGCACUCGAAAGAAUACCGCAUUCCAACUCAGCCAACCGUGGUGAUUUGUAUCGACGGAUUCGACCCCGAGUAUUUGCAAUCCGGCUUUGAAAGAGGUCUUCUGCCCAAUUUCAAGAAACUUGUCGAUGGUGGAUUCCAUGCGACUGCUAAAAGCUGUAUGCCUUCGUUCACCAAUCCGAACAAUGUCUCCAUCAUCACUGGUGCGCCGCCUUCGGUUCAUGGGAUUGCAGGGAACUUUUUCCUUGACCGAGAGACCGGUGAAACGAAGAUGAUCACAGAUGAUUCCCUGCUGAGAGGGUCUACCCUACUCGAGCAGAUGUACCAGAGAGGCGUUCGUAUUGCAGCUAUUACUGCCAAGGACAAGCUGCGCAAGAUCCUUGCCCACGGCUUGAACACCGGCGCUGUAUGUUUCUCUGCAGAACGUGCGGCAGACUGCACAUUUGAGGAGAACGGAAUCACCGACGUUGAAGAGUGGCUUGGCCAGCCAGCCCCGAGCCAAUACUCCGGCACAUUAUCUUUGUUCGUCCUGGAUGCGGGUAUCAAAUUGCUGCAGGAAAAAAACUCGGACUUCUUGUACCUGACUCUGUCCGACUACAUCCAGCACAAGUACGCACCUGGAAGCAAAGAGGCUGAUGAAUUCAUGAGCGCUAUUGACGCGCGGCUUGGUGCUCUCACCAAUUUGGCACCAGUCGUUGGCGUCACUGGAGACCAUGGAAUGAGUCAAAAGUCGAAUCUGGCUGGAGAGCCAAACGUGCUAUUUCUCGAAGAAGCUCUGAACGACAACUUCGGCACCGAUGCAUCCAGGGUGAUCUGCCCCAUCACAGAUCCGUUUGUCCGACAUCACGGUGCACUCGGAUCCUUUGUACGUGUCUAUUUGAAAGAUCUUGCACAGCUGGAGCCUAUGCUCGCGCAUUGCCGCUCACUUCCCGAGAUCGAAGAAGCGCUGAGUGGGGAGAAUGCCGCAAAGAAGUAUGAAAUGCCUCUAGAUCGGGAAGGCGACAUUGUGGUGAUUUCCAAACCGCAUGCCGUUAUUGGAAGCAAGAAAGCCGACCAUGAUCUUUCAAAAGUGAAAGAUCAUCCUUUACGAUCACACGGUGGUCUCAGCGAACAAGAGAUUCCACUCAUCAUGACGAAACCGGUCCACCCAUCCAAGAUGGCUCCGGCAAAACAAUGGAGGAACUACGACGUCUUUGAUCUUGUGCUCAAUUGGUCGUCAUGA